CCUCCCAGUGACUCCUUCCCUUUCAAUCCCUUUGUUAAAUAGCUUCCCCCCUCUAAUGGCUUUGCUCUGGAAACAGCACCUCCGAACUCCUGCUGGAGACAGCACUCCCCAGCAUGAGGGCUGCCCUGCUCCCCGUGGCCAGGGCAGCAAGACUUUGCCUUUGCUUCUUGCUUCUGCUCUCCUGGGUAGACCGAGGUGCGGUAGCUAAGGAACUGAAGUUUGUGACACUGGUGUUUAGGCAUGGAGACCGAAGUCCCAUUGAAACCUUCCCUAACGACCCCAUCAAGGAAUCCUCAUGGCCUCAAGGAUUUGGCCAACUCACUCAGCUGGGCAUGGAGCAGCAUUAUGAACUUGGACAGUAUAUAAGGAAAAGAUAUAGAAAUUUUUUGAAUGAGUCCUACAAACAUGAACAGGUUUAUAUUCAAAGUACGGACGUCGAUCGGACUUUGAUGAGUGCUAUGACAAACCUUGCAGGCCUAUUUCCUCCAGAGGGUAUCAGCGUCUGGAAUCCCAGCCUACUCUGGCAGCCCAUCCCAGUGCACACACUCUCUCUUUCUGAAGAUCGGUUGCUUUACCUGCCUUUCCGGGACUGCCCUCGUUUUAAAGAACUUAAGGAGGAGACUCUCCAGUCGACGGAAUUCCAGCAGAGGUUGCAUCCUUACAAGGACUUUAUAGAAACCUUGCCAACAUUUACAGGAUACCAUACCCAGGACCUUUUUGGAAUGUGGACUAAAGUCUAUGACCCUUUAUUUUGUGAGAGUGUUCACAAUUUCACGUUACCCUCCUGGGCCACAGAGGAUACCAUGACUAAGUUGAAAGAAUUAUCAGAAUUGUCCAUCCUGUCUAUCUAUGGAAUUCACAAGCAGAAAGAGAAAUCUAGACUGCAGGGGGGUGUCCUGGUCAGUGAGAUCCUCAAUCACAUGAAGAGUGCAACUCAGCCCUCGAACCACAGAAAGCUUGUCAUGUACUCUGCGCAUGACACUACCGUGAGUGGCCUACAGAUGGCACUAGAUGUUUACAAUGGAAUCCUUCCUCCCUAUGCUUCCUGCCACAUAAUGGAAUUGUAUCUUGAGAAGGGGGAGUACUUUGUAGAAAUGUACUACCGGAAUGAGACCCAGCAUGAGCCAUACCCCCUCACGCUGCCAGGCUGCACUCCCAGCUGUCCUCUGACGGAGUUUGCUGAGCUGGUUGCCCCUGUGAUCCCCCAGGACUGGUCCGCAGAGUGUACGACCACAAGCAAUGACCAAGUUCUAAGGGUCGUCCUUGCCGUUGCCUUUUGCCUGGUGUCUGGUGUCCUAGUGGUGCUGCUGUUUACCUUCCUCCGCCAUGGGCCCUGCUGGCACAGAGACCCCUAUCGGAACAUCUGAACAGAUGGCUGGAUGAAGGCAGACACACCAGACCAACGUCUUGGGAUGGAUGCAGCAUCUCUCAGUGAUGCCUCACUUAAAGGACAGGCUUUCACCACAUGGACAUCACCAUGCCCAUACCCUUCCCUUUGAGCCUGUCUAGAGCAGGGUGUGAACUCACAGUGACCGAAGGACUGAUGAAUGAACCCCAAGUUGCUUGGUUAGGUCUCCUGAUGGUUGCACUCCUCAUUGUAGUGUAGGCUUCUCAUUCGGCUAGAAGGAGGCUCUUCUGCAAAGGAUAGUUAAACUCCCUGGCAUGGGUGUCCAGAAAGAAAGAAGAAAUUGAACUCCAAUCAGCCGCUGCCUGCAAAGAGCAAAGUGUGUGACAAAGACAUAGAUUAAAGUUUGGAUAAUGAAGACAAUUAAACUAGAAGUAGUAUCAUGUAGGAUGGUUCUUAAGAAGAAAGACCCAAUUAGAAGGUAUAAA